AUGGGUUCUGUGAAGGAAACGCAUCCACUUCUUGCAGACCUCUUCAAAAGGCCCGACCUCGAGGUUCUUACUGCUUCAUCCACAGGGUGGACAGACGUCCGGGCCACCUACAUCAUCGAUAACCCAGCGAGACCUCUUGCCAUCGCCCGACCGAAAAACGCCUCAGAGGUGUCAGCUUUUGUGCAAGCUGCACGCCGUCACGGAGUAAAGAUUAGCGUGAGAGCGGGAGGCCACGAUACUUUCGGCCGCAGCAUCGCAGAAGGAUGUUUGGUGAUUGAUAUGCGGAAGAUGAAGACCAUUGAAAUCGCCCAAGAUUGUAAGACAGCCACUCUCGGAGGUGGUGUUUUGAUUGGAGAGGUCAUCGAGACGUUGGCCUCCAGAAAGCUCACCACACCGUUUGGGUAUUUCCCAACCAUUGGGUAUGCUGGAUGGGCUAUGAUGGGUGGAUAUGGCUGGUUGGCGCCUAGGUUUGGGUUGGGAGUGGACCAGAUCCUGAGAGCUCGUGUUGUGACCUGGCAAGGUGAUAUCAUUGAAGCGGACGGCGAACUGCUGAAAGGUAUCCGAGGAGCUGGAGGUAACUUCGGCAUCGUGGUGGAGCUGGGAAUCAAGAUAUAUCCAUUCGAAAAGGCAAGUUUUUUGUCAGGAACAAUCUUGUUCCACACGGCAGAAAUACGGGAGACCGCCCGCAAAUACUUCUCCGGCUAUAAUGCGAUGACCAAGUCUCCGUACGGAGCGGUAUCACCCUUCUGGUACCCCAAACAGGAUAUGUCAGGUUGGACGUUUGCGAUCAACUUUGCUUGGAGCUCUCCGGAUAUGGAAGCUGGGAGGCAGUACCUGGAGCAACUCGCAGCGUUAGCAGAAGGAGCUGAUACGUCGUUGGUCAAGGAAAUGACUCCGAUAGAGCUCAUCAAUCUCAUAAUAUCGUGGACCCCAAACAGGGCGUAUGGGUAUGAGGGAUGCAACGCGGUAAGUUUUGCAAGAAUCACAGAGCGAGCAGCCGAUGUCGUGGGAGAGUUCCUGUCGAAAGUACCCGUGGACUCGGCCAAUUUGUUACUGAUCCAUGAAAUGCGUGGCACUUCAGCGGAGCCUGACCCGGGAUCUUGUUUUGGAGCUCGAUUACCUCACAGUGUGAUGGAGCUAGUCGGUGUCGCAGUCAAUCCGGACAAUGUCAGAGCUUCCAAGCAGAGAUUCCGGGAGUUGUAUGAUGCAUUGCAUGGCACGGGGGACGCAUUGGGGGUCACGUACGCGUCACUGACACAGACGCGAGACACCAAUAUUCGCGGAUUGUUCGGCAAAGAGUAUCCGUUUGUGAUGGAGUUGAAGAACAAAUACGAUCCGGAAGGCGUAUUUGACAACACAGAACCAAGGCUGCGGCCAUGA